AUGCCCCAAGUGAUAUUCAGUACGUCCCCGUCGUGUGCCCUGGACCCCUUCCUGACCACCGUAACUGAGUGGCAGAAUCAGUCUUGGGCAGGGCCCUGGACUGGACUAUGUCGGAAACCUCCGAGUUGUCGGAGAGGAGAGGAGAGGCUCCGCGAAGAGUCUCUUCAACCUAUCGACAUAACAGAGGCAAGGCAGUUGCUGGUUCCAGUGGAUGAGAUUCCGCGGUUAACCCGAGGAGAGGAAGGACUCGGACUCUGA